CAGUAGCACCCUUCCCCACCAGCAGAAAGGGGUGGGAUGGAAUCCCACCCACGGGCUGCCUUAUAAAAAGCCUGGCUAGAAAAGUGCAUUUGCAUUUUUGUCUGGAUCUUCCUUCUACUGUCUGGCAAUGCCUGUGGAUUUCAGUGGAACCUGGAACCUUGUCAGCAAUGACAACUUCGAAGGUUAUAUGGUGGCCUUAGGUAUUGACUUUGCAACACGCAAAAUAGCAAAAAUGCUGAAGCCUCAGAAAGUGAUCAAACAAGAUGGUGAUUCAUUCUAUAUCCAUACCACUAGCACAUUCAGAGAUUAUCUGCUUGAAUUCAAAGUUGGAGAAGAGUUUGAGGAAGAUAAUAAAGGCUUGGAUAACAGAAAAUGCAAGAGCCUCGUUACCUGGCAAAAUGACAAACUCGUCUGUGUCCAGACUGGGGAGAAGAAGAACAGGGGCUGGACUCACUGGCUUGAAGGGGAUGACCUCCACCUGGAGCUUCGUUGUGAGAAUCAAGUAUGCAAACAGGUCUUCAAGAGAGCUUGAAUCUGUGCUGGGUGCUGCCUGCAGGGACAGCUCUGCACGGGAACCUGGUGUCCAGGGAGGCUCUGCAGACAAGAACAGUCUUCUGUACCUAUUAACCUGAAUGGUCUGAAGUUUCUGCCUCAGGAAAUAAGUCUGCUGUUACCAGUGUUAAAGGUCUAAUUUUUGCUAAUAAAUGCCCCAAACUAAUCUUAAGUACCUUGCUUUUGAAUGUUUCUGGAGGAAAAAAAUCCCAACCCAAAACAUAAGUGAUGAGGCCCAGCUUUCUAGGUAAUCAAAAUUCAAUUAAAAAAAGAAAACCUGCCAAUUCUAAGAGGCAUGUCAUUAUCAAACAAAACAGGGGGAGUGGGGUGCUGAUAGAGAAGGGAAGAUAAAUAAUGAAGCAAACAAGAAAAGGUAUGGAUUUAUUUUUUAAAAUGCUUCUUUUUGAGCUGUAGACUACUACUUUACUUGGUUGUGCCUUUCACACUGUGGUGUGAGGCCCCAUAUUGUGCCAGAGCUGCUUUGUCUCAAAAAUAAUUCAGUUGAACUUACCAGAGGAAACAAGCCUGUGGUCAAAUCCCAGAACUAUGAAGAUGGGUCUGAGUGAUCCAAGAAGAUUCCAGUUUGCAAAAUAAUUGAACUCUGUAAGCACAUAUACAGAGGGAAAACAAUGCUGCUUUAGUUAAGCUUUGUUUGCAUGCAACUGUUAAUUAGACUAAAUGUUUUUCUUUAUGACAGUGUGCAUAGAAAAGCUUUCCUUGUGUGAACAUGUAAGAUAAACUAGGUAGUUACAAAUGAAA